UACUUAAUUUAGUGGUGGAAAAUAGGUGAAGAUAAGGCAGAGUUUGCAGUGUAAAGAAAGAAGAGAAUUGAACAAAUUGGAUAUGGUUUGAGACUGAUUCUAUUUCUUUUGCACUACAAAUGGCCUGUUAUAUAACCAACUCUAUGAUUCAUUGUUGGAAAAGUAAGCCAUAUAGUUUUUUUGAUUGGAAUUUUGGAAAGAAAAAUAUUCAAGAAAAGCCACAGCAGCACAAAUAUCAUGAUCAUGUUGAUCUUCCCUUUUCGCCUUCUCUGCUCAAGAAAACAUUCUUGAAUGGUAGGGAACUGAAAUGCUGCUACAAGGCCACUGUAGAUGGAUUUAGCGCGGCUUCAUUCCAUGACUGCAGCGAUUUCCAAGGCCCGUGUGUUAUUAUUGGCUAUACAAACAAGAAUGUGAAGUUUGGUGCAUUUAACCCUGAGGGCUAUAGAAGUACUGAUGAUUACUAUGAUUCUUUUGAUCCAUUUCUUUUUUAUUGGGACAACAAUGAAGAGAGUGAACCAAUAGUAUUACCAAAAGUAGGAGGAAGUGGUGCUGCUUUAUUUGAUUAUGCCCGUGGCGGACCUCAGUUUGGAGCUGAUGGGCUGCUCAUUGGUCCACCACUGGCUCCGGUGAUGGGUGGUUUUGCAGGGCCUGAUACCAAUUCAGGGAUUGGUGACUUGAGACAAGCCAGGUCUAGAUUGGGACUGUCAUAUGCUAAAAGAGCAGAUGGGAAGGAGUCAUUGUUUGGCGAUGAUCCUAAGGCGGUUCUUGAUGAAGUUUUAGUGUUUUGUAAUCCACAAAUUGCAAGUUUGUACUAGAAAUAUAUACAUGCCAAAUCAUAUAAGAUAUGCGAGUUGCCUCUGAGCUUGAGCACACUUUCAAUGCAGAACUACUCAGAGAGCUUGUUGUACAUAAUAAUGAAGUUCUUAAUCAUAAUGGCAGUUCUUAAACUUUUGAUCAUAUAUCAAGUAUAACAUGUUACUUGUUA